AUCGUGAGACCACCGAGUAAACGUUUAUGCUGAAUAUGAUAUGUUACUGAAAUAACGCUGAAUUGAAAUAUUCGGAACACAUAUUGCUUGUGUCUGGAUGGAUAUUAGUAACAUGAACAUUAAUGGUGUUACAGGUAUUUUCUCUUAUUAUUGGAAAUUAGACCCAUCUUAGUUAAAGAACAUUAAAUUAUGUGAUUGUGUUUUAUUAGUCAAACAUAAACGUACUUGACAGUGAUUUUAUAAAUUGUGCAUAUUAUAAAAAUAAUAUGAUGACGAGACAGUGACCUCUGAACUUCCUAUACGAGAAAAGGACUUGUAAAAAGUCAGCGUAAAGCUGUAUCAAAGGCAAGACUUAAAGGAAUGAUAGCCUGCCCAGAUGUCUGCUGUUGCAUUGGACUGGCAGCAUCGAUGGAGGCCUAAGCUGCAAGACCUCUGUCCUCGCCUACAUAGCCCUCCCCAGCUACCUUCCGCUUAUGUGCUGGACUCCUUGAGACACUCAGUCGAGCUGAUUCCAGCUGGCAUUCAGAGUUCAUAUUAUUCGACGCCACUCCUGUCCUCAAUCCCUCUCCCAUCUCAUAAGGCAGCUAAUACUAACAGCGCUUUCUUGACUCCAACGUCGCUCAUUCCGCCUCGCACGUUUGUGUCGCCGCUUCGUGUCCAUAACCCUUUAGUGGUCAAAGAGAGGGACAUCCUUCCGUGCAAGGCCCCCUCCCCCAGCACAGCUUUAGUUCCGAGAAUGCAUGCCCAGACUACUUCCGGCAACCUCGCCGUCAGUACCAUUGAGGACAUCGUUCAGCCACGGAAACUUUCGUUCCUCCCCCCUGAACCCGCCACUACCCUCAGCCGAAGUGAAAUAUCAGCUUCUUUCCAUACCCCCAACACCACCACAAUUACCACCACCGUUUCGUCUCAGACAGGAGAACUAACCAAGCUGUGCAGCAAAAGUGCCACUGCCACACCGAUGGCAAACCCUUGUGUCAGCUCUGUCACGAACGGAAAUUCAACCCUUCAGGACGACAACACCAGGAACUGCAAACACUUUGCCAAAAGCGGAGGACCCCGGGGAUGCGCGGGGGCGAAAAACAAAAUUGGAGGGUCUGUGUGUUGCCCUAGACGGCGUCUCACUGAUGAUGAAGGCUACAUCCGGAGAGCAGCGUGCAUUUGUGUCAACAAGGAGGAGACAAAGGUUUUGCUGGUGUCGAGCAAGAAGGACCCGUGUGUGUGGCUGGUGCCAGGCGGCGGGCUGGAAGCAGGAGAGGAGCCGACCACAGCGGCCAAGAGGGAAGCUUGGGAAGAGGCGGGUAUCCAGGGACACAUUGCGCGGUACUUAGGUCUAUUUGAGUCCUACCACCACACAGGUGCAAAGAAGCACAGGACAGCGGUCUACAUUUUCGUCGUGACUGAGGAACAUGCAGACUUCCCCGAGGCCAGGCUAGGUCGUCGUAGACAGUGGUUCAGCAUGGAGGACGCGUUGCUGCACCUCUCUCAUCACCGUCCCUUACAAAGUGCUUACCUGCAACUCAUGAUGAUGUCAAGGCUCAAAGUUGCGGCAGCCUCCUAGUAGCAGCUUGGAUGGAGUUGAAGAGCUGAGCGCAUGAGGGCUGACUCCUAAUUUAUAGUUAGUGGAUGAAUGAUGGUGAUAAGGUUCAGGCAAAACAAAACAAAAAAAAGUAAGCUAGGCACUGAUGAUGGGAUUGUGAAAAUUCCAUGGAAGAUGAUAUUCCUGUUGUUAUAGGAAGUGGAUUAUUGAGGCAGUUCAAUUAACAGAGUUGUAACUUCAGGUAUGUUUCACUCUGAAUAACAGUACAGACCAGUAUUAAAGCUCCAGACAUCUUUCUGUGAAAUGAAAGAUGACAGGAUUUACAUUUACAAAUAUAGAUACCUAGCUACAUAUACAAGAAAAUUAUAUUUUGCUUAUUCUGAAAACCUGUUUGAUAAAGACUAAUAACAGAUUUCCUGGAUGUAGACUGUUCUCUCAUAAUAAGACCUUAUGAUUUAAUUUACAAAACAUUUCUAUUGGAAGGCAUAUCUCACCAUUAUCCAAUUAAAGUGAUUCUUUUAGUCUAAAUGAAUUUAUUUGAAAUACUAGUGUGUGUCAAGCCAUUCUUUUAAAAUGGAACAUGCACAACAGUUUGACUUGCUGGUAUUUUUAUUUAAUUCUAGUUUUGACUUUUCAUUGUGGAUUGCUGUUAUUAAUUCUUUAUUAUAUAAAUCAUGUGUCUCUAUUGUACAGUAUUUGCAAAAUAUGUUUUCUCAAGACAUAUGAUAAAUACUUUCAUAUAUUUCAUAAUUCCUUAUCUUUCUUUGAUUAUACAUUAAUGGAAUCAAAACAAAUCAAGAUCCUACAUAUUUUACUCCAGAUAUAUGGUCUGAGACAUGUCUUGCCAGGUACUCGUAAUCAUGUUUAGGAAUACUUCAAAAGGUAAUGUCAGUUUACAACAUGCCACAAACACUGCUUGGUAAACAUUCUGGUCAGUGUUUCAGAAUUGAAGUAUAACCUAUCUUGUACAUGAAGUGUUUAUACAUUACCUGAGGUCUGUCUAUGAAUUAUAAUGAGACCUGCAGUGCAGUGUCCUCUCAUAGGUGUGCCUUGUUCCUUGGGGGCUGAGUAUGACCCAUUGAACACCUUCAUGAUGUACAUAACAUAUUCAUAUUUUUAUAUAUUUUAGAUCACAUCUGGUGCUUUUGAGGUAAAGAAUCUUUUUUCACUAACAAUUUUGGUGAUUGAUAUUUUGUGAAUUAUACAAUAGACCUCAUGUAUUAUCAGGAGGCUAAAUUCAUGAUGUAUGUAAUUCUACAAGCAGAAUUAGAAUUAAGUCAAAGUGGAUUUUUAAGUUCACACUAACACAUACAUUCUGGAUGGCAUUCACAGUCUUCUUUACAUCUACACCUUCACAUACACAUUUAGAGUCAUAACCACCCUCCCACUAAAUUCAUAUUCAAAUUUGUUACUCCAUAACACAGUCAGUACUUUAAGUCAAGUUUAUAUCUGUAAUUGACUGACUGAUAUACAGAAUCAUGAUAUAAAUCAUAUAGAUUCAUGAUGUCCAGUAAAACUUUGAAUCACAUUCAAAAUCAUCUUUUGCAUAUACACACAAUGUUGCACAUCCAUAUGUGCUCAUCUACAUCCUUAUACACAAAAGAAGGCAUUUGCAGUAACAUUUGUCACCAAUUAUACUGAAGCUGGGAAAUUACAGGUCAUCAGAUCAUAUUCAUUAACAGAAUUGCACUUGGCAGGUGAAUUUUUUUUAUUCAGUUUUGAAAUUCUUAUUAUCAUGUAAAUAAGAGAACACAGUAUCAUAGCUCUUGGUUAAUGGAUUUAAAAUUUGGUGUAUAUAUUAUGUGUCUAAAUUGAAAUGGUCAAGAAAGCUAACAUUCCUAUGCUUUGGACACUUAAAAAUUUUACUUUGCUGAGGAUCUUUCUCACUCUAUAAUAUUUACAUUUUUAAUUACGAGGUAUAGAUAUUUUAAUUUGAGAAUAAUACAAAACGUCACUUUUUUUUUUUUUUUUUUUUU